UCGGCAAAUGUUGUCAUGACACUUUUACGUCCAUAUUUUGGGAAAGGUCAUACAGUGAUAACAGACAAUUGGUACACAAGUCCACAUUUAUAUAAUUUGCUACAUAAACAUAAAACAAAUGCGUAUGGAACAGUACGGAAAAAUAGAUGUUUUUACGUACAAAGAGAUAUGCCCCAUAUGGAGGGAAAUAUGAGGAAAGGAAAAUUUGACUACCGGUGUACAGAUAAUUUAUUGGCAUUGAAAUGGCGAGAUAAAAAAGAUGUGUGGAUGUUAUCGAGUGCUUACGAACCUAAAAUGAUAGAAUCUGGUCGAAGACAUUAUCUUACAGGAUCGCAGAAGUUAAAACCAGAAUGUGUUGCAGAUUACAACAUCAAGAUGGGUUCUGUGGAUCGUGUUGAUAUGGUUUUAAGCACACUUGAUUCAUCCAGAAAAUGUCUAAAGUGGUAUAAAAAGUUUUUUUUCCAUUUAUUAGACAUCUCAUUAUAUAACUCCUAUAUUCUAUAUCAAAGUGUUACCAGUAAAAAACUAAAAUAUAACGAUUUCCACCUGAGAUUAAUAAAACAAAUUCUGCAAAAAUAUCCGCAAAAUAGGAAUCAAGCGGGUGGUGGGAAAAGAAACAUAGAAAUCUUACCAUUCCGUCUGACGGAUAGACAUUUCCCUUCGAAAAUUUUAAAAGCAGGAGGCAAUUUGACAAGAAGAAAAUGUGUUGUCUGCAGGAAUCACAAAAAAAGGAGGGAUACACCAUACGAAUGUAAAAAAUGCGACAUCGGAUUAUGUGUUGAUACUUGUUUUGAGAUUUACCAUACGCAAUUGAACUAUUAAUUUUCCUAUUGUUCUUCUU